ACAGUACCUAGGCUGAGAGCCACCCGGCACCUGGGGGCCCGUACAGUGCCUAGUAACAGUACCGGGGCUCCAGAAGAGGGUGCGUCACCAGCACCUGAGAGCGACACUGGGACCUGGCAACACAGGAGCUGGGAACACUGGGAAACUUUAGCAAUACCAGUGCCUAAGCUCCAGAGAUGUGAGCAGCACCAGUACCUGCCAACUCCUCUCAGCUGCACAGAACAACAUUGGACCUGAGGGCAAACCUAGCAGCUGACAACCAUACUGACACCUGAGCAGGAAAUAAUCGUAACCAUCUGACGGACUGAGGAAAAGGAUAAUCCAAAGGUUUUGCCAUUAAACUGCAGCUUCGGAGUCAGUAUUAUAAAGCUACCAAGUUCACAAGGCAAACUGAGUUCUGUAUCUUUUAACCACGAGGAAUCAAGAUGAAUACAGAUAGCGGUGGAUGUGCUCGCAAACGUACCGCAAUGUCUGUCACACUAACAGCUGUGAAGAGAGUGCAAAGUUCUCCAAAUCUGUUGGCUUCAGGGCAGGAUUCUCUUUCGCCCGACUCAGAUAUCUGGAUAUCUUACAAUGAUUAUGUGAAAGAUGGUCUCAAUGGUGAUUCAAGUGGUUCCUCCCUUGCAGCAAAAGGCUUUAGAAGUGUCCGGCCAAACCUGCAGGACAGGAAGUCCCCUACUCAGGCACCCCCACCUCCCCCUAGACAAGGCAGUUAUCAGAGGCCAUCAACUAAUUUCCAGCAGGGCGAGAUAAGUGGGUAUAUAGUAAGUCCAACAAGUGUUCAGUCCAACAAGGGAAGCAUGCUUUAUUCUGCUAUGUCGAGCACAAGCAUGCAACAAAAGACUACUAGUCCACAGGUUUCAUUUUCUAAUGUUCAGUCAGAACACGUGAACAGUAAAUUUCUGGAGCAGAAGCAGGAUUCAAAAGAACGUAGAGUUUCCACCCUAAAAUUAAUUCUGAAAGAGUACUCUUCAGGUAACUCUCCCUCUAACACUUUCCCGAGAAAAGCCCAUUCUUACGUUCAACAAAACUACUCACCCAACCUCUUGCCCCAUAACCCUGUUCCUGAAAAACAUACAGCUUCACUGUCUGUUGAGAUAGCUUCAAAGCAGGACACCAAGGGAGAAGAGAAUCCUGGAUAUCAUGGACCUCCUGCAGCAAUGUCUUUGGACACUUUCAAGGCCCCUGCUAGUAUUUCUGGACAAAAGACUGCUACAGAGACACAAGUGACUCCAGUCACAGUUAAUGGGAAUUCAGGGAGCCCAGCCAGUCCCAUGAGUCACUUUCAAAGACCAUUCUCUCCAACAUAUCCCUCCCCACCAUCACACAACUCUUUGGUCAUGCAACACAACAGAACAUUAGACUCUACAGAGUCUUUCUCCCAGCAUUACCAGUCAGAUGUGACCCGGAACAGCAGCACUAUACCAAUCUGCAGGACCUCAGAAGAGGAGAAAAAAGUCACUGUAAUUAAAGCGCCACACUAUGCAGGGAUUGGACCUGUCGAUGAAUCAGGAAUACCGACAGCUAUUAGAACGACUGUUGACAGACCAAAAGACUGGUACAAGACAAUGUUCAAGCAGAUUCAUAUGGUCCACAAGCCAGACAAUGACAGUGAUUAUUCCAGUAUGACCUAUGCAUAUAAUACAGAUAACUACACCUCUUCUGUACCUGCCUAUUCACACCCUGCGGCAAAGACACAAACAUACCGGCCUCUCUCUAAAAGUAUUUCUGACAACGGCACAGAUGUGUUUAGAGUUUCAUCCCCAUUGCCACCUCCUCCGAUACCUGUGCUUCCUCCUUCUGUGCCUCAUCGCAUGCGGGAGCUGACAUCUCCGGAGAAGAAUGAGUGGGAACCACCAGACAGAAAAGUUGAUACUCGCAAGUUCCGCUCCGAACCCCGAAGUAUCUUUGAAUAUGAACCUGGAAAAUCCUCCAUCCUGGAGCAUGAAAGACCGAAUGGUCGUAUAAAUCCAGAUGAGAUAGAUUUAGAAAAUGAACCAUGGUAUAAAUUCUUUUCAGAACUGGAGUUUGGACAUCCGCCUCCUAAAAAACUAUUGGAUUAUGUGCAGGAGAGUCCCUCUCGUGUGUCUACUGAGACAUCAUUAUACCAACCAUCAAUAGAAAGAGGCAACGAAAGAACAUUCAGCUCUGCAAGUGAUUACAGAAAAAGACGGAAGUCUGAGCCCAGUGUAAGCCAUCAGAAAACCAACAGUGACCAGAAUGCAAACAGGAACAGCCUUAGCCGAACAGGAAUACAAGGCACAAGUACCACCCUGCGAAAACCUUUCAUUAACUCCUCACCUCCGUCUCCGUCACGGACUAAAGCUGAUCAAGAUUCUCCACGGAAUUAUUCCUCAGCCUUUACUGAUGUCAGCAAGAGUUCUGCAAAGAAGGGAGCACAGAAGGAGGCUGCUAGAGCUGUGUAUGACUUCAAGGCUCAGACACCAAAAGAGCUGUCCUUUAAGAAAGGAGAUACUGUGUACAUCCUCAGGAAAAUAGACAAGAACUGGUAUGAAGGAGAACAUCAUGGAAGAGUGGGAAUAUUGCCAAUUUCUUACGUUGAGAGAAUAAACCCUAAUGAGAAAUCACAGCCAGUACGACCCCCACCUCCUGCACAUGUUCGAGAGAUUGGAGAAGCAAUAGCGAAAUAUAAUUUCACUGCUGACACAAAUGUGGAGUUAACACUGAGAAAGGGUGAAAAAGUGACACUUCUUAAGAAGGUUGAUCCAAACUGGUAUGAAGGUAAAAUUCCCGGAACUAACAGACAAGGCAUCUUUCCAGUGUCCUAUGUGGAAACUAUGAGAAAGAGUCCUUCCAAGAGCCCAGGUGAAUCCCCAGAACGAUCACUUCAUAAGAGUUACUCCACUGAGAGGUUACAUAAUUCAAGCAGCACGUUACCUUCAUCUAAGAGAAUCCAUACUCCACCCCUUACUCCCAGAGCAGACUCAUCCUGUACAGACUGUAGUAAGGGGCACUUAGAAACUGUCACCAGUGAAUGGUUGUCAUUGACUGUUGGCUUUUCACCACCAACCACACCUAUACCAACUCCUCCACCUUUUCCUGACCACGUUCUUCCUAUUCUAGAGAAGCCUACCUCCUUGCCAUUAACUGUGUUACAGCCUGAACAGUUGUUCUCAAGAGAUAUAGCUUCCCGAAUUAAGGAUGGUCAUUUUGUUCCUAUUACAUCACCAAAGACCCUUUCAGGUUGUCAUCAUCUAACCAUACCUUCACCAAUUCCUGACACAACACUUUCCUCUCCUAUAAUUCAGCAGCUUGAGAUCCCUUCUAUGCCUGCAGCUAAUAUUGAUAGCAGUCUGACUGAACAACAGAGAACAUACUUGGACCAGACCCAGUUAAAAGGACAAAUAAGUAUCAAAGAAGCCACAGAAAAUUGUUCAGAUUAUAUUAAUAUACCUGAGACUCCUGGAAAUGAACUGAAUCUCUCAAAGUGUGCACCAGGGCCAUCAUCAUCAGUUAGCCCAACUCCUGCCGAUGAACAGGAAGAAGAGAUUUGUCAAGAACUAAUGUCCAUCAUUCAAGGAGUUCAGCUGGAAUGUCAGGAGUCAGGGUUUUCUAGGUGUGAACCUCAAACAGAACAACAUCCAAGACUCUACAUCGAGGAAGAUGGUGAAAGUAAAACCUUACAACAACCAGUAGAAAACGUAGUGCAACCUAUAGUAUAUCUUGAAGAAUGUUCGCCCAGUAUCAAUGCAGAGAACGACUCCAUUUCUUCUGGAAAGCAAAGGCUUCCUGCACAUUCUCCUCCCCACAUGUCUUCUAGUCUUCCUUUUCAUGCUGACCAUGUAUCUCCACCUUCAUCCUGUCAGUCCACUGUAUCACACUCCUCUGCGCUAACAAAAUUCACAUCCAGGCAGCUGACACAAUCUCCGCGGUUAAAGACUAUUUUUAAAAGUGAUCUUGUAGUUGUUGGUAAGCCUCCUCGUAGUCCUGUGAUGUCUAGAAAAGCCUGCAAUUCACCAGUGAAAAGCCCAAAAUCCACCCAAAGGGUAGAGUAAUUUGAAUCCACUUUG